AUGGAGGGAACUUACACUGAAAAUGGAAAAAGCAGCAGGACAAGGAGCACCAGGCAGCGGGAGCAGGCCGACCUUUUUAACAUCCCCGGCUUCACUGUUCAGACUGGACCGAGGAUGCCCAGGGCGAGGCGAGCUAAUCUUGAGGGGUUGAAAAUUUCCAACUCCCACGUGCUACCUCCUCCCCCCACACGUGCAAUUGUUAGGACAAAGCUGAAGUUUCUUUUCAAGAAGCAGCUCCAGAAGAGUGAUGUAAACAGCCUAAGAAGAAUGGUUCUUCCAAAGAAAGAAGCUGAGACUCAUCUUCCUGUCCUUGAGAGCAAGGAAGGGAUUAUUAUCGACAUGAUGGACAUGGAUGGCACUCAUGAGUGGUGUUUCAAGUUCAGGUUUUGGCCAAACAAUAGCAGCAGGAUGUAUGUGCUCGAGUACACUGGGGAAUUUGUGAGUACCCAUAGCUUGAUUGCGGGGGAUUACGUUCUUAUUUACCGAGAUGAUGAAAGAGAAACAUAUGUGAUUGAGGCUGUGAAAGCAGGAGAUUUGGAAAUGAGAGAGAUCUUUGAUGGCAUUGAUUUUAGCCUUCCUAUUUUGGAUGUGAUGGGAAUGUCAAUUGAUUAUGACCCGAGCUUCCUAGAUGACUCUCCACUUGAUUAUCAAGGAGAAACAAUGGCAGAUUUCGACGGUCUUGGAUCAGGAUCAUCUCUUGUAGGAGACAAUGACAACUUUCCUGCUGAUCAUAAUCUAGGUUAG